UCCAAUUGUCCGACUGGACGCAGCGGAAACGUCACGGAAACGUGUUCGGGCCUACCACCCCAUUCAUGAGGUCGCGAUGGGAUUGAAUUUGGAAUAAAUUUUAUUUUUUUGGGAAAUUUACGGCCUAAAAUAUUGUUGCGGCGCCCGAUAAAUAUGAUGAUUACCGAUUGGCUGAUCACUGAGGUCUGAAAUCGUUUUUUAAUCGUAUUGGUGCAAUCAUGAAGUUUAACAGACCUUUUAGUGGACAGUACAAGUUACUUUUUAAAAUAUUUCAAAUUGUCGUUUCACUGGGACCAGUCUGGUGUGUCAAAAUCAACAAGCUCCAGGUUCCGGCGGUGGCGCAUCCCGGAAGGCCCAUCCUGCUGGAUUGCGAUUACGCCCUGGAAGAUUCGAACGAGGUCGAUCUGGUUGUUAAAUGGUUCUUCAACGAUUUACGCAUACCGGUUUACCAAUGGAUUCCGAACCACCACAAGAAACCCCAAGUUUUAGGAAUCCUGAAGGGUCGCCUGAACCUGAACUACUCGGCGAGUAAGGACGUGCACACGCAACACAGGGCGUUACAUAUCAUCCAGCCCGGUCCGGAUCUAUCCGGGAAUUACACUUGUCAGGUGUCCACUUACUUGAACGAAGAUCGGAAGACUAAGACGAUGCUGGUCCCUGUGCCUGAAAAGAGCCUGGAGCUGAGUCAAGCCAACACCGGAGAUGGGACGUUGCAAGUGAUUUGUUAUGCAGAAGGCGUCUUCCCCAAGCCAAACAUGAGUCUGCUGAUGGGAAAUAGCGAGGUGAACAACUCGGUGGUAUCAGUGGAGAUGACGAACGGCGGACUGUACGACAUAAAGGCGGUGGCCGAGGUGCCGUCUCUGAUCGCACCGGAGGAAUUCGGCUGCGAGCUGAACAUACCCCAGGCGAAUUACACCGUGAGCAAGAGGGCCAUGUAUUAUCCAGUUAAUGCAGCGAAUUCCAUCAACCCAUUUGCCAUUAUGGACUUAUUUAUAUUCAUGAUCUUAUUCUUCUUCAUAGGAUAAACACGAAUGUCUUCGAAAAGCCAAAAAUUAUGUAAAAUAUUUUCUAUAAAUGUGUAAAUUAUAAAAUGUUACUAUAUAUUCCUUAAAAUAAAUUCUGUACAUUUUCUAAA